GGAGCGGUGUACAGUUUUUUUUUUCUCAUUCAUCUUGCCUUUUUAAUUCUUGUUUAUGUUUCUCCCUUGUUUGAUCGAUUCGCUCUUUUACGAAAGAAAAGACGGUAGUGAUGAUAAAUCACAGGCUGAGUUCUGGUGUCUUUUGAUUGAUCGUUCAUCGUCUUUGUCUUGCGCAGAUGACGCUUAAACCUCAUCCACUCUUUCUGCGAUUUGUAUGCUUGAGAAGACUCCUUAGUUAUCAAGUAUUCAUUCACGUUCACUCACUCAUUCACUCCUUUUUUACCUCUUGUUGGCUCGAGAGUGCGAUUUGUUUUUUACUUCAACUCGUUUCGAUUUGCGUUUAUGAAAUCUGUGAGGUGGCGGUCUCAGGUUUUUUCUUUAUUCUUCGUUUGAUUGUUGUUUAUCUUUUCUUUUUUUUUGUGAAUCAUAUUUAAAGUCCGCUAUAAUAUUAUAUAUCUACCAACUACA